GCGCCCACACGUGUCCCGGCGCCCCUCCGCCCCCUCCUCUCGCGGGAUCCGGGGCCUUUCGGGGCUUCUUCCUCGACAGAUAGGGGCGAGGGGAGGGGGUCGCCUAGUGGAUGGACUGGGUCCGGGUGGGCUUAGCUGGAGGCCGGGGGGGGGGGGGAAGGGAGGGAGGGAGCGGAGUGGUCAUUCCUUUGGGAUGUGUGGUCGAAGGCUUGCAUGGCCGGCAUCGCUGGGUUGCUGAUGCGACCUCCGACCCAGCUCCUGGCCUUGGCCUGGGCCUUCCUGCUGGCCUUGACCUGUGCGGCCCCCUCGGCCCCCUCCCCCCCAGUCCUGCGCUUGGGCCUCCGGACCACCGACUUGGGGGCCCGGCUCUUCCGUGAGGCGACGUCCGCGGCCUCCUCCCGGCACCGGAACCUGGCCUUCUCUCCCCCGGGCGUGGCCUCGGUGCUGGCCAUGCUGCAGGCGGCGUCCGGCGGAGGGACCCGCAGCCAGAUCGAGGCCGGCGCUGGUUUCCGGCUGCGAGAGCGUGGGGUCCCCCGAGCCCUGCGGCAGCUGCAGAAGGCGCUGACGGAGCCCCGGCCAGAGGAAGAGGCGGAGGCGGUGACCGUGUCCACGGCAGAUGCCCUCUUUGUCCAGCGGGACUUGGUCCUGAAGGCCGGGUUCCUGCCAAGCUUCCAGCGGGUCUUCCGCCAAGCGGUCAAGCAAGUGGACUUCAUGGAGCCAGACCGUGCCCGCAGCAUCAUCAACGCCUGGGUGGAGAAGCACACUGAGGGCAUGAUCCAGGGCUUCCUGCGCGAAGGGCUGCUUGACCAGCUGACCCGGCUGCUGCUGGUGGACGCCAUCCACUUCCAGGGCCAGUGGGCGCUGCCCUUCCCGGAGGCCUCCACCCGGCGGCGCCUCUUCCACAAGCUGGACGGCAGCACCGUCUCCGUCCCCAUGAUGCAGCAGACUGCCCGGUUCAACUACGGCGAAUUCUCCACCCCGGAGCACAUGGAGUAUGACGUCAUUGAACUGCCCUACCAGGGGGAGGCCCUCAGCAUGCUCAUUGCAGCCCCCUUCGAGGUGGACGCCCCGCUCUCUGCCCUGACCGCCAUCCUGAGUGCCCAUCUGGUGGACCAAUGGAAGAGCAACAUGACGCGGGUCACCCGCCUCCUGGUCCUGCCCAAGUUCUCCUUGGAGAGCGAGCUGGACCUGAGGCGCCCCCUGGAGGCGCUGGGCAUGACCGACAUGUUUGACGCCCGCAAGGCCGACUUCAGCAGCCUCUCAGAUGAGGAGCCCCUCUUUGUGGCCCAGGCCUUGCAGAAGGUGAAGAUCGAGGUGAACGAGAGCGGGACCAAGGCCUCUGCCGCCACAGCCGCCAUCGUCUAUUCCCGAAUGGCUCCCCUGGAGAUGGUCCUGGACAGGCCCUUCCUCUUCCUGGUGCGGCACAACCCCACAGGCACGGUGCUCUUCAUGGGGCAAGUGAUGGAGCCCUGAGGGACCCCAAUGCCUUGGCAUCUCGCACUUGGAGGACCUCCCCCCUUUCCUCAAACUGGAUCCCGUCCUGGCCUCCCACCUGGCUGCUCAACCGUGAAGCCGGAGUUCGUCCAUUGCCUCUGAACUUCUGUACCCCACCAGAGCCUUCCUUGCACUACACUAGCAACCAGGCCUGUAGCAAGGGGGGGGGGGGGUUUAGGGGUUCAAACCCCCCCAAAAUUUUUCAAGUUAUAAAAAAAACCUGGUUUACUCAUGAAUUUUAACUGGUUAACCAAAUCCCCAUGCUAAGUCUAUGAGACGCAAAACAUUAAGAGUCCCUCCAGGCACUACUAUCUCAAGCAGAAAUUGACAGGUUUGUAGCGGGGAGAGGUAUGUGCUAGGGGUUCAACCCCCCCCCCCCCCGAAAUUUUCAAAACCCCUCCCGAAUUUUUUUUCUGGCUACGGCCCUGCUAGCAACACAAAAUACCCUUUUAGGAGCAGCAGUAUCCACUGAAAUACCCCCCCUGCAAAGCCUUUUGACUAUUAAGGGGGUGAGGCACUGCUGUUCGAGGCAAAAACAAACUGCUGGGUGAAUCAGGCCUGGCACCGGAGCCAGAGACUAUAGCAAUGUUUACAUGGAGCAGGCCAGGCAUCUGUCCGUCCAGCUCCAUCCUUUUGUGUGUUUCUGCCCAUGUGACUCGAGGGCGGUGUGAUUCCCCUUUUGGGGAGGGGCUUCCUGUUCUCUUGCUGGAAAUAAACAAAUGGGGUGGGGGCUGGGGGGGAGGGAUUGUCUCCACCUGCACCUUGAGGGAAAAAACAGCAGGAAGCCAUCUCUGACAAUGAGUCAUCUGUUUGCACUGCGUGCCAGAUACAUCUUGAGUUGGGUGUGUGUAUGUAUGAGUGUGAGUGUGAGUGACAGGAGCGGGGUACCCAUGCCUAUAUUGACUGGACCUUAUUGCAGAAGUGGGUUUUGCUUGCAAAGAAGGGCUCCGGCUACAACCCCCAUGUUUUGCUGUGAUGACUCAACAAUGUUGUUAUGAGGCCGAGCACUUUGUCCUUUUUUCUGGCAGCUUUGAAGGCCUAGAAGAGUUUCUAGUUAAUGAUGGAAUGGCACCAGAAUUGCUGAGCCAAGCACUAAGGGGGGGGGGGGUGUUGGACGAUGCCAGCCUUCAGCCCUCCCUCCAGGUGUUUUGGACUGCAACUCCCACAAUUCCUAACCGCCGGUAGGCGGUUAGGAAUUGUGGGAGUUGCAGUCCAAAACACCUGGAGGGCCCAAGUUCCAGCCUCACGAAUCAAUAUUUAUAAAAAAUUCUAUACGGAGAUGUGGUUAUUUUUUCACUUUUAUGCCAAAGCUGUACAGAAAUAUGGUUUUAUAUUUGUAUACGUGGAUGAAUAAAUAUAUGGAUCUAUUUCUA